AUGGUGGAACAUAAUGGAAAGCACAGAAUUGUGUUUAACUGUUCAUUUGAAUACCAAGGACAGAGUCUGAAUGACUAUCUGUUACCAGGACCAACCCUCGGCCCCACACUUCUGGGAGUGCUUUUGCGCUUCCGACAGCACAGCAUUGCCAUUUCCAGUGACAUUAAAGGAAUGUUCCAUCAGGUCCGCCUGUUAUCUGAGGACAAACCUCUGUUAAGAUUUCUAUGGCGGGAUGUAAAAAUAAUGCAACCUCCUGAUGUGUUUGAAUGGCAAGUACUUCCAUUUGGCACUGUCUGUAGCCCAUGCUGUGCUGUCUAUGCAUUGCAGAGACACACAAAGGAGAAUACAACACCUGAUGAAGAAGCAAGGAGGGUUGUGGAGAACAACUUCUAUGUUGACAACUGCUUGUAUAGUCUGAGUUCUACAGAAAAGGCAAAGGAGUUAGUUGACAGGCUUCAGUCACUUCUUCUCUCAGGAGGAUUUGAACUCAGGCAAUGGGCAAGUAAUGUCCCUGAAGUUAUAGCUAAUCUGCCAGAGGAAGCCAGAAGUGGCAGUAAUGAGCAAUGGUUGGCCCAGAACAAUCUCGAACAGCAAGAAAUGGCACUCGGCCUGCGCUGGGAUUGUGAGAAAGAUGAGCUGGGUUACAGAUAUCGUGCAGUGCCAGAGAAAAGGCCAACAAUGCGCUACAUUUACAAAGUUCUGGCAAAACAGUAUGAUCCACUUGGUUUCAUUACACCCUUUACCACAAGAGCGAAGAUUAUUGUUCGGCAUUUAUGGGACAAGCAUAGAGAAUGGGACGACCCUCAUUUGCCCGAAGACCUCAUUAAGGCAUGGUACAAAUGGGAAGGAGAGCUGGAACACCUUCCCCGAAUAACCGGCGCCGUCGCAUACCUUCGUACUGAGAAAGCAGAUAGAAAUGUGGAAUCAGCUUUUGUGAUGGCGAGAUCCAGAGUAGCCCCCAAGCGACAGCAGAGCAUUCCAAGACUGGAACUGUGCGCUGCUCUGACUGGCGUUUUGUAUCAAGGCGAGGAAAACCAGCAGAAUUGCUCUCUGAUUGUGGGACAAAUUUCAAAGGAGGUGAACGAGAACUACAUGAAGCCUUUCAGAAGAUGUGUCCUUCAGUUCAAGACCACCUCUCCAAACAACAGAUAA